AACCUUGGGCAGUCACAAGACCUGUCAUGUACACAAUCACAAUCAUUCCCCGAUCAAUCGUCGUUGUGACAUGUUAAAGUUUCUGAGCAAAAUGACACUGGUCAAGGGACGUGCGUUACACUACGUCUUCAAGAUUCCCGACAGGAAGGAGAGCGCCAGAUUCUACCGGGAUGUGUUGGGCAUGAAGGUGUUACGACAUGAGGAAUUUAUGGAAGGAUGCGAAGCUCAAUGUAACGGGGCCUACGACAGUCGUUGGUCAAAAACUAUGAUAGGAUAUGGCCCAGAAGACACCCAUUUCGUCCUAGAAUUGACCUACAAUUACGGCGUGAAAAGCUACGAACGAGGCAACGAUUUCCGCGGCAUCACCAUCCGCAGCAGCGAAGCCCUCCAACGAGCCAAAGAGCAGGGCUGGCCCGUCCACGAACCCAACACCUUGAUCGCACCAGGUGGUUAUCAGUUCCACAUCAUCGACGAGCCCCAACCCACCGAAAAAGAUCCUGUGGAGAAGGUCACAUUGACAUGUUCGAACCUGAUCAAGUCGAUAAAUUAUUGGAAUGGCAUUUUGGGACUGACAAUUUACGACAGGACCGAAGACAGCGUCCAACUAGGCUUUCAACAGAACGAGGCCAAACUAGAGUUAGUGCAAAUCGGUGAGCCGGUAAACCGGGCCAAGGCUUACGGCAGAAUCGCCUUUUCCUGUCCGUAUAACGAACAAGAAACCAUCAACAAAGUUAUCGAGGAACACAAGCAAACCAUCCUUACUCCAUUAAUUACGUUGGAUACACCAGGGAAGGCAACUGUACGCGUGAUAAUUCUGGCCGAUCCUGACGGUCAUGAGAUCUGUUUUGUGGACGACGAAGGUUUCAGACAGUUGUCUCAGGUCGAUCCAAAGGGCGACGAAUUACUUGACAGAUACAUUCGUUUAGAUAAGUCAUAAAUGACUUGUGAUAUUUAAUAAUCGUUUCGUUAAAUUCCAAUGUUUCGCGAUUACAUUCAAUACAACGUUAACGUUGGCAAUAAAAUAUGUUAUUGUUAUUUAAAUUAUAUAUGUGUAUUUUAUGGGAAAUCAAUAAAUGCUUGUGAUAAUUA